UCCUGAGGAGCGAGUGAUAGCUUCACAAUAGGGACAAGGGAUAAAGGGAAGAAAAUCGAAAUGAGUAAGAGUGAGCUGAGGGUCUUGUGGCAGUCUUGAUUUGUUCAUCCAAAAGAAAAUUCUUGGGAGCAAGUGACCAAAGCCUCAAUACCCACACACUUCUCAGAACGCAACAAUUUAGUAUCGGAGCAAACUAUGGCAACAGGAGCACUUCUUUCCCGAGCUGCAAGAAGACUAGAGGGAAAGGUGGCAAUGAUCACUGGUGGGGCGGGUGGCAUAGGAGAAUCUACCGCGAGGCUCUUCUCAAAGCAUGGGGCUAGAGUCAUUAUAGCUGACAUUCGCGACGACUUGGGCGAGUCGGUGUGCAAGGAUCUAGGGCCAGAGACUGCAUCCUUUGUACAUUGUGAUGUAUCAAGCGAAUCCGACGUUGAAAAAGCCAUUAACACUGCCGUUGAGAAGCAUGGAAAGCUGGACAUAAUGGUGAACAAUGCUGCAACCGGGGAACCAGUCAAAGCCAACAUAUUGGACAACGACAAAGCCGACUUUGAGAGAGUGGUUAGCGUGAACCUGACGGGUGUUUUUUUAGGGACCAAGCAUGCGGCUCGAGCCAUGAUCCUGUCACGAAGAGGAAGCAUCAUCAAUGUCGGAAGCGUCAGCUCCAGUGUGGGUGGGGUAGCACCCCAUGCAUACACCAGCUCCAAGCACGGUGUCCUGGGGCUCACAAGGAACGUGGCCGCGGAGCUUGGGCGAUACGGAAUUCGCGUGAACUGUCUCUCACCUUAUUUCAUUCUAUCACCAUUGACAAGGGAGUUUUUCAACGUCGUCCGAAAUGGAGGAGUCGGGGUGUAUUCUAACUUGGAUGGGGUGAGUCUUCAGAAAGAAGAUGUAGCGGAGGCUGCCGUGUUUCUGGGGAGUGAUGAAUCCAAGUACAUAAGCGGCCACAAUCUGGCAGUGGAUGGAGGCUUCACCACCAUCAAUCCCGCCUUCGGCUUGUUUGCUCGUGCUUAACGAAUAACACCUCUUCAUUGUUCCCUGCUUGCCUUUCCACUUUGUUCCUUGUGUCGAAUAAAAAAAGUCUAGUGAUUAUCAUAAUUGUACCCUUCAGCGAGAUUGCUUGCUGUGGUUGUCUUUAUAAUAUGUCGUUGGAUAGGACGACAUCCCUGGAAGGUGGUUUUAUUAGCUCCAGAAGUCUCCGUUAACGUCAAUAGUGAGACCAAUGUAACUGCCCUUCCUGACAAAUGAAUUUGUUCCCCGGAUUCGAA